UCGUUGCCACCUCCAUUUUGUCGGUAGAGGCAGAAGAAGGAGGUCGGGUAGGGACGCCGAGUUGGUCAGCAACUAACUCGUCGGUGCUCGUGGGCUUUGUUCGUUCCGUGCCUCGUCUCUCCUUGGAAGGGGAGGGGGCUGCGUCACCGAGCAGGAGCUGCCGCCGCCGCAGUCCGAGCUUGAAGUCGGUGAGUGGCGGUGGCGCCGCGGGGGCGGCCAUGUUGGCGUCCGCGCUCCUCAUUGUUGGGGGAAGGAGCUAAGACUUCUCUCAAACUUGUGUGCUGAGGAGACUCAGAUGUUGACCUCAGCUCCUAGGCUGGACUCUGCAGAUUGGCCCAUGAAAACUUCUGUAUUGAGACAAAGGAAAGGAUCCGUCAGAAAGCAACAUCUGUUAUCCUGGGCUUGGCAGCAAGGAAGAGGACAAGUAGUGGAAAUCCUGCGAUCUGAAAAGCAGACUGAAAGGUGACAAAGAAGUUGAAGAUGGGUGGUGGAGAGAGGUAUAACAUUCCAGCCCCUCAAUCUAGAAAUGUUAGUAAGAACCAACAACAGCUUAAUAGACAGAAGACCAAGGAUCAGAAUUCUCAGAUGAAGAUUGUUCAUAAGAAAAAAGAAAGAGGACAUACUUAUAAUGCAUCAGCAGCUGCAUGGCAGGCCAUGCAAAAUGCGGGGAAGAACAAAAAUUUUUCAAAUAAUCAAAAUUGGAACUCUAGCUUAUCAAGUCCCAGCUUACUUUUUAAGUCUCAGACUAACCAGAACUAUGCUGGAGCCAAAUUUAGUGAACCACCGUCACCAAGUGUUCUUCCUAAACCACCAAGCCACUGGGUUCCUGUUUCCUUUAAUCCUUCUGAUAAGGAAAUAAUGACAUUUCAACUUAAAACCUUACUCAAAGUACAGGUAUAAAAUAAGAUUAAGUACUAAUGUUUAAAUUGUUAUAUUUAAGGAUAAUUGUCAAUUUCAUACUAAAUUCGUUAGGGAAAUUUAUCUAAAACUGCUAUGUAGAAAAUACAAGAUUUCAUCUUGAGCACUGUGAUGUAAUGGUAGCGUCAGUGCAAUGUAAAAUAACUAAAUAAUUGAUCAUUUUACUUGAUAUCAAGUGUUCUCAAUUGAGUAACUCAAGUGAAACCAUUCACAUUUAGAUUUGGGGAAUGAUAAAGGAAUCAACUUUUUCCAAUGCUUGUUAGGGUAAAAUACUGACUUAAGAUUAUUUGUAAGUCAGUAGAUUUACUUGUUGAAAGCUAGUGAAUCUGAUUAUAAGUAUCUAGUUAAGACAUACAGGGAUUGAAAACAAACUUACUUGAGUAUUGGAAAAUUUAAUUCUAGAAACACCAAAACCAGUAAUAUGCCAACAACCUGAUGCACUGCCAAAAGAAAAUGUGAAUUUUUCUUCUAGUUGGUUUAGUAAACUGAAGGUGUUGAAUGUGGAAGGGGCACUAGGGGCUAUUUAGAAUGAGACAGUGUACCCCAGUGGCCCCAUUUCUUAAAUGCAGUGGAUAGGGACUACCAACAAAUGCACCAAAACCAUUUUUAUAGGAACAGUAUUUGGUGGUCACAGUAAAAUACAUUUUUGUAAUAUAGUACUGCAUAAGCUGUUCUGACAGUGAUCUGGCCUCAUAUCCCUGCAAAGCUUGCUUAAAGUAGGGAGCUAUAUAAUGUGAGUUUGAGUACCUAGGAAAGAGCCAUGUAAAUAUAUGUAAUAAACUUGUAGCAUAUGUAAAGUUUCAUUGGCAUUUAUCCUACAAAAUAGAAUAUUUUAGUAUGAAUUUGCUGAAUGUGAGACCAUGGACUCUUUUAUACUAUGGCCUAAUUUUAAAGGUCCAAAAUUUGAUUUUAAAGUCUGCCCUUGUACUGAAGUGCCAGUGUGUGUAUGUUAUAGUUUAUCUGGUUGUAAACUAUAUUUCAAAAUAAAUCCUAGUGUAAUAAGUUUUAUAUAACUAUAACUGAAAAGGUUUUAAGCUGCUAAUAACACUUCCUAUUUUUAAGAGAUGUGAAAAGCAGUAUGGGACUAUUUUAAUUUUUAUUCCUUUAAGCCCAAAGAUUAACCAUUGAAGGGUCCCUCCAACCUUAAAAGUUCAUAAUGGCUUUGUACAAUUUUUAUAACCUGAGUAUAGUUUGAUGCCAGUGUAUUUCUUUUGUUACCAGUAAGUGCAACCCAGGGGACCACCUAUGCAAAAGAUGUGAUUUCUUGCAUAAUACCUUGAUAACAUGUUUCACCCACCUUAAAAAUACAUGCUAAGUAUAAAAUCAGCCCAACAGUAAAUUUAAAAACGUGAGGAUGUUAAAAAUUUCUGAUUGUGCAAGUGCCCUAUUUCCUAAUUUGGCGGUUCUUUUCAAUAUUUUUAGGCAGAAUGGCCAAUAUGUAUUUCUCCAAGUAAAUUCUGGUGAGCUAUUGCCUGAGACAAAUAAGAUUCUAAAGACAAGUUUAUAUAGUACUAAAUGUGCGUCUACAAAUUUGAAGCAUGAAAUAAACUGCUUUUUCUCCCCA